GAUUUAGCUGCUCUCGCCCGCUGUGACGAUGGACAGCGAGGUGCAGAGGGAUGGCAGGAUCCUGGAUCUGAUCGAUGAUGCGUGGAGGGAAGAUAAAUUGCCUUACGAGGACGUGGCCAUCCCUCUGAAUGAGCUCCCUGAACCAGAGCAAGACAACGGUGGCACCACUGAGUCUGUGAAAGAGCAAGAAAUGAAGUGGACAGAUUUGGCUCUCCAGUAUCUCCAUGAAAACGUUCCACCCACAGGAAAUUAGUGAAUCAGUGGGAUUUCAUACAGUGGAUGCAUGAAUGCAACAUAAAAAUAUUUUUUUGGCUGACCAUUGCUGUCAUAAGCUGCCCUAAGGAGGAAACAGUAUUCUGGAAAUUUUCAGAUUCCAACAGUGGUUCUGCUCACAAUGCUUCUUUAAAAUGCUUCUUUCUUGAAUGUGAAAUAGCAGAGGCUCUGACAUCUCAGAGCCAAGUGCAAAAUGUUUCAUGCUUAUAAGAUUAUUUCAUGUUUUCUGUUAAAUUGUUCUUAAGUUGGUGCCAAUUCUGAUCUUAAAUGUUUUCUACACAUGAUUAAAAAGUUUUUACUGUCUCAAAUUGCAAUUGAUUUCAAAGCUCUCAGUGGGAUUAUUGUCUAGAGUUCAGUGUACAAAACCCAAAUAGCUGUGAGUUGUUGCCAUCUUUAACAAGUUUGUGGAUGUGUGGGGCAGAUGUGAAAGGUUGGUCAGCAGAAUCAAGAGUGGGGAGUAGCCUGUAAGCACUCGAAUUCCUGCUCUCAGGAUCUGAUGGUGGUGGUGGACAGCAUUUCCAAUGCUGACAUCCUGGGAAUGUUUGCCAGUGUGUACAGUGAACAGAUAGUCUAAUUUAUGCUGAAAUGGUGGUUACUCAAAAUCAUGGUCUUCCAAGGGAUGGUUGAGAGUUCCAAGGAAGAACCUGCCAGUCCUAGUGUAGGGCCUCUUGAUGUGUGAGCCACUCGGAUGAGCAACCUCAGAUGGGAAAUGAAAAUCAAAAAAACGUGAUGGGGAAAAUAAAUGAGUAGGGUUUAGCUUCAGGCAACAAAUUGUUAGCUCUUUUUG